UAAAAUCAUAGGUUCACGGUAUUAUACCGUUCUAUAUCUAGCUGAUACUGCGGAGGGGGUUUAACGUGGACACUCGAUCAAUCCAUCCCAAAUAAGUAGUGACAGAUUUCAAGGUGUAGUCAGUGUCACACCACUCCUGAAGUAGCAUUUUACAGCGUACUUAGGUACGCUUUUCAUCGCAUUUGGUACACGAUGCUUGCCAGGACUGUCAUUGCUGGAUUCCCUGCCUUUUGUCUUGUGAUCGAAGUGGCUGCAGCGUUGACAGCAAUGGUGUGCCACUCUGGCCAAGCACCCCAUCCAGCAUCAACUGACAAAUCCCACUGGAUGAUCCCAACUGAGGAUCCCUGCCAGUGUACCGAGGUUCAGCUGGGAGGAGUGAACAUCCUUCCAUUGCGGCACCCCUUCAGCGUUAAAUAUCGGGACAGUUUGCUCCAAAGCAAGAAUUCUGAUGAGAUUCAAACCUGGCUUAAGUGUAGAAGCUAGUCGAGUCUGUGUGUGUACGUGCAGUAUGAUGAUGGCCUUUCGAAAACUUAACAGUUCAUACCGUGGUUUGUUGUCAAAGGCUUGUCUCAAGAAACAGACUGGUACCUCAUCUCUCUUGACGUCUCAACAGGCAAGACUUUGUGCGGCCGAGUGUGGGACCUACACUCGUAUUGAACAAGAUGGCGUCCAUCAAGCGGUUGCCAUACUGAAGAUGAAUAAUAAACCGUUCAAUGGCUUCAACAAACCCUUCUUGGAUGAGAUGAGCCACAGACUUGAUGAGCUGAGGAGCACUGGGAGUUGCCAGGGAGUUAUCAUUACAUCAGCCAACGCUGGUAUUUUUUCAGCGGGCCUUGAUAUCUCUGAGAUAUACCAGAUUUCACAGGACUGUGCUGCUGCUCUCUGGAGAUCACUCAUUGAGUUUAUUAUGAGGUUGUAUGGGACUAACUUGGUCACUGUGGCAGCUGUCAAUGGUCAUGCAACUGCUGGUGGAUGUCUGUUGUCACUGUCAUGUGACUACAGGAUCAUGGCAGAAGGCAAGUUCAACAUAGGCUUCAGUGCUACCCAACUUGGCCUCAUAACUCCAUUCUGGGUGCAAGAGAUGAUGAGCAAAGCAUGCGGGGCGAGGACAGCGGAAAUAAGCUUUCAAAAAGGUUUGCUGUAUACUCCUGAGCAGGCACUGGCCAUCAGACUCGUGGAUGAGUUGCAACCAGCGGAAGAUUUGAUGGCCGCUGCCAGGAAACAAAUGUUGAAGUGGCUCGCUGUACCAGAGCAUGCCAGGGUCAGGACAAAAUCAAUGCAGAGAGCAGCACUCAUUGAGAAAGUGCAAUCCUCCAAGGAGGAAGAGAUCCAAUUCUUCGCCAACUUCUUGCUGAAAGAAAGCGUCCAGGAAGCUGUGGGGAAAUAUCUGGAGACCUUGAAGAAAAGGAAAUAGUUUUGGGGCGUGCAGGCAAAAGUCUGUUCGAAGUCACAAGCUGUUCCACUGAUGUGUGAUCAAAACAUAUACUGGUGGUUGUCAUUGUUCAUCUUGUGACUUGGGAUUGGACUCAACUACGGCCUUGAAGAGCCCCAAAAAGCUGCAUCUUCAAACAUCUUCACGGUUCCGUUUGCUGAACUGUUGGACCAGCCUUUCUUUCUGUCACUGACCAAGUCAUCAUGGCUGUCAACCUUACCCAGUCCUGCGGAUUGACUUGCUUGGUCAAGCUCAACAAGGGAAGUCUAGGUUCAUUUUGGAAGAAAAACGCAAGUACUAAAAAAAAGCAAAUUAUAACCAUAUUAAAAUAUAGAAAUUUGUUCAGGGAAGCUUGCUACAAUGGCUUUUUACAGCGCUUCAAACUGAAGUAAUUGUUUUGUAGUUAGUGUCCUUAAGUGAAUAGGUUGUAAAAGCGAUGGAAAUUUCUCUAUUGCUUUAGCUAAUGUUAUUCUUGCUGAUUUCAACCAUGUCUUCUUGAUUGUUUUGGAAUCUCUUUUAAUUUACUGACAGGGCAUGUUUAGAGGAUCUCGAGCUUUGCCACUGUACAUUUUCAUUAAAAUGAAAUUUCUGUAUUGCCAAGUUUUUUUCUGAAGUUAACAGAUAGUCACUGAAUUGAUGUUAAGUAUCUAAAGAAAUAACAAUAAUAUAAUGGAUUUUCAAUAAAGUAAGUAUUGUUUGUGCUA